AUGGUGGUUGCGGCUUUUUUGGCGUUACUGCUCGUCGGGCCGAUAUUCUCCCAAUGGCUACCGGACUUAAGUAGCAUCGAGGCGCCGAGCUGGUGGGAGUGUGGAAGCAAUGAGGCCAACAAAGCAGCCGGCUAUGCCCUAGUCAGGUCCUGUCCCGCCGGGAUGCACAGACUUUUCAAUAACUGCUGCCUGGGCCACGACCAUUGCUAUAAUAGACAGUUGGGACAGGAACAUUGCGACGAUGUCUUCUGCAAAUGUCUUGAUGUCAUCACCGAAGGAACCUGGUGGUGCCGUAAAAGCCCGGCUAAAGGCUUCUGCAAGGCCGUCGAAGAGUGGGGCAAGGAAGCAUACGACUCCUCAGCCACACCACGGCCAAACGCAAUACAGCUCGAUGGAGUCGUACUCCAUGCAGGGAAACCAUCU